GCCCAUAGCUUUCCCACCAGUCAGUCAGUGGAACUCGCAGCGUUCUCCACGCCAGUCGCGCAGUGGGGUCACUACCCUUUACCAUUACCUGCUCACGGGCACGGCGCCUCUCAUUUCGUGACGGAGCACCGGUGCGCCUCGUCCUCGGCUGACCGGUCGUCGUCCAGUUCCACCUCCCUGUCCUGUCUCCUCCCCUCCCCUCCCUCCUUUCUCACACGCGUACAGUGAACUUCUCCUCGUGUUCUCCGAGGCGGAGCAAAACCCUCCCUUCCCCGCGCUAGGGUUUUAGCGCGGCCGCGACGGGAGGAUCACGGCGGCCCAAGGAGACGGCUAGACGGUCGGUGGACGCCGCCGAGACGUGGGGCGGCGCCGUCGCGUAUUGAAAUGGAGGAGGAUCACUCGGUGAUACUAAUAUCUGAAGGUGCUAUUAAAAGCAUCAAACUUAGCCUCUCUACCGGAGAAGAGAUAUGCACAUACUCCAUAAACGAGUGCCCAGUGACCCAUCCUAGCCAGCUUGGAAAUCCGUUCCUUGGGUUGCCACUUGAAGCUGGGAAGUGUGAAUCCUGUGGUGCCUCUGAAAAUGACAAAUGCGAAGGCCAUUUUGGGUACAUUGAACUACCUGUACCCAUAUACCAUCCAUGUCAUGUCACUGAACUGAGGCAACUAUUGAGCUUGAUAUGUCUGAAGUGCCUUCGAAUCAAGAAAGGGAAGGUGAAACAAAGUAAUGGAAAAGGAAACGCGGCACCAACUUUGUGCUCUUAUUGCAGGGAUAUUCCAGCCCUGUCUUUGAAGGAAAUCAAGACAACAGAUGGUGCAAUUCGUUUAGAGUUGAGAGCACCUCAUAAUAAACACAUGACAGAACGUUCAUGGAACUUUCUUGAUAAAUAUGGAUUUCAUCAUGGUGGAUGUUCUCACCAUAGGACACUGCUUCCAGAAGAGGCUCUAAAUAUAUUGAAGAAGGUUCCUGAUGAUACUAGGAGAAAGCUAGCUGCACGGGGAUACAUUGUUCAGACUGGGUAUGUGAUGAAGUACCUUCCAGUACCUCCGAACUGUCUAUAUAUUCCAGAGUUCACCGAUGGGCAGAGCAUUAUGUCAUAUGACAUUUCAAUAGCUCUGUUGAAGAAGGUUCUUCAGAAAAUAGAACAGAUUAAAAGAUCAAGAUCUGGUUCCCCAAACUUUGAAUCACAUGAUGCUGAAUCAUGUGAUUUGCAGCUUGCGAUUGGCCAGUACAUACGUCUAAGGGGCACUACAAGGGGCCCUCAAGACAACACCAAGCGGUUUACUGUUGGCAGUGCUGAUUCAGCUGCAUUGUCAACAAAACAGUGGUUAGAAAAGAUGCGGACACUGUUUAUCAGCAAAGGGUCAGGUUUUUCAUCUCGCAGCGUUCUGACAGGAGAUCCAUAUAUUGGGCUAGGUGUUGUAGGGCUUCCUUCUGAAGUUGCAAAGAGAAUGACAUUCGAAGAGCAGGUAACUGACAUAAACAUUAACAGAUUGCAAGACGUGGUAGACAAGGGACUCUGUUUGACCUACAGAGAUGGUCAAGCUACAUAUGCCAUCACUGUUGGAUCAAAAGGGUACACAACACUUAAAGUUGGUCAGACUAUCAGUCGGAGGAUAGUUGAUGGGGAUGUUGUGUUUCUUAACAGGCCACCCAGCACACAUAAGCAUUCUCUCCAAGCUUUCUACGCAUAUGUGCAUGAUGACCAUACAGUCAAAAUCAAUCCUCUCAUGUGUGGCCCCUUUUCUGCUGACUUUGACGGGGAUUGCGUACACAUAUAUUAUCCACAAUCGCUUGCUGCAAAAGCUGAAGCCUUGGAGCUUUUUAGUGUUGAGAGGCAACUCAUUAGUUCGCACAGUGGGAAGGUUAAUCUCCAGCUAGGUAACGACUCCUUGGUAGCUAUGAAGGCUAUGUCUCAUACAACCAUGUUACACAAGGAAUUAGCAAACCAGUUGGCAAUGUUUGUGCCAUUUUCACUUCUUGCUCCUGCUGUAAUCAAGCCAGUUCCAUCUUGGACAAUAUCACAGAUAGUGCAAGGUGCAUUUCCAGCUAACCUGACUUGCCAAGGGGACACACACUUGGUUAGGGACAGCACAAUCAUAAGGCUGGACCUUGGCAAAGAAUCUGUUCAGGACUCAUUCCCUGAUUUGGUGUCCUCCAUCCUUCGUGAGAAGGGUCCAAAAGAAGCUCUGCAAUUUCUGAAUGUGUUGGAGCCAUUGUUGAUGGAGUUUUUACUUCUUGACGGUUUGAGUAUAAGUCUGCGGGAUUUUAAUGUUCCCAAGGCUUUAUUGGAGGAAGCACAAAAGGACAUUCGAAAUCAGUCCCUUAUUCUUGAGCAGUCUAGGUGCUCUACAAGUCAAUUCGUAGAAUUCCGAGUCGAAAACAAUUUGAAAAAUGUCAAACAGCAGAUUUCAGAUUCUGUUGGGAAAUUCUCUGACCUUGGUCUGCUGAUUGAUCCGAAAAAGGAAGCCUCAAUGUCAAAAGUAGUUCAACAAGUUGGUUUUGUUGGCUUGCAACUGUAUCGUGAAGGCAAGUUGUAUUCAAGACGCUUGGUAGAGGACUGCUUCACAAACUUUGUUAAUAAACACUUGGCCAUUGGAGAUGAGUAUCCUCCAGAAGCGUAUGGUCUUGUCCAAAGUUCAUAUUUUCAUGGUCUCAAUCCUUAUGAAGAGUUGAUACAUGCUAUAUCCACUAGAGAAGCUAUGAUCCGCUCCUCUAGAGGUCUGUCAGAACCUGGAACUUUGUUCAAGAAUUUAAUGGCCAUCUUGAGGGAUGUAGUUAUAUGUUAUGAUGGAACUGUGAGAAACAUUUGUAGCAAUUCUAUCAUUCAACUUAAGUAUGGGGAAGAUGAUGAAACUGAUUCUUCAAGUGUUGUACCUCCUGGUGAACCUGUGGGUGUCUUAGCCGCCACAGCUAUCUCGAACCCUGCAUACAAGGCUGUCUUGGAUUCCUCCCAAAGUAACAAUGCUUCAUGGGAGUCAAUGAAGGAAAUUCUUCAGACAAGAACUUCCUAUAAAAAUGAUGUGAAAGAUCGGAAAGUGGUCCUAUUCCUGAAUGAUUGCUCUUGCGCAAAAAAAUUCUGCAAGGAAAGGGCUGCACUUGCAGUACAAAGUUGUCUUAAGAGAGUCACACUUGGGGAUUGUGCUACUGAUAUCUGCAUUGAGCAUCAGAAGCAAAUAAAUUUAGAUGGAACAUCUGAAGCUGCCCCAACUCUUGUAGGACAUAUUCACCUUGACAAGGGGCAUUUAGAAAGGAUAAACAUUAGUACUCAAGACAUUCUCCAAAAAUGUCAAGAAGUUUCUGGGAGAUUUGGAAAGAAGAAAGGACACCUUUGCCACAUCUUUAAAAAAAUUACUUUUGCUACUUGUGAUUGUUCAUUCACUCAGAUGCCAAUCGAUGGAAAGCUACAUAAGGUUCCAUGUGUGCAGUUUGCUUUUUCUGAUGACAUUGUACUAUCCGAGUCUAUUGAGAGAGCAGUGAAUGUGAUAGCUGACUCUGUCUGCUCAGUGCUUUUAGAUACAAUUAUUAAAGGUGAUCCUCGAAUUCAAGCGGCAAAAGUUAUCUGGGUUGAAUCAGAUGCAGCAUCUUGGGUAAAACACACACGGAAGGUAUCAAAGGGCGAGUCAGCAUUAGAAAUCAUUGUUGAAAAAGAUGAUGCUGUAAGCAAUGGUGAUGCCUGGAGAACAGCAAUUGAUGCCUGCUUACCUGUACUUAACCUCAUUGACACACGGAGGUCUAUUCCAUAUGGCAUUCAACAAGUGAGGGAACUUAUUGGCAUCUCAUGUGCCUUCGAUCAAGUGGUGCAGCGGCUUUCAACGACUGUAAAAAUGGUUAAUAAAGGAGUUCUUAAAGACCAUUUGAUACUUGUGGCAAACAGCAUGACAUGCACUGGAAAUUUGAUUGGGUUCAACAUUGCUGGCUACAAGGCAACUUUCCGUUCAUUAAAAGUUCAAGUGCCUUUCACCGAGUCCACUUUGUUUACCCCUAUGAAAUGCUUUGAGAAGGCUGCAGAAAAAUGUGAUUCUGAUUCAUUGGGAUGUGUGGUCUCAUCGUCCGCAUGGGGCAAGCAUGCAGCAGUUGGUACUGGGUCAUCUUUUCAAAUUCUCUGGAAUGAAAAUCAGCUGAAAAGCAACAAGGAGUAUGGGGAUGGGUUGUACGAUUUCUUAGCAUUGGUCAGGACUGACCAAGAAAAGACAGACUACAUGUUCUUGGACGAUGUUGACUAUCUUGUAGAGGAGAAUGCAGCAGAUGACAUGUGCUUAUCUCCUGAGCCAGAUGGGACCCUUGGUAAGCCUACCUUUGAGGAUAAUUUUGAAGAGCAAAAUAUUCAGAAAGGCAGCUCAUGGGAAAUUGGCAUAACAACGAACUCAAGUUGGGAACAGAAUGCUAGUGUUGCGAAUGAUUCUGGUGACUGGGGAGGCUGGAGUAGUGGAGGUGGAGCUGCUGCAAAGCCAGCAGAUCAAGAUAAUUCAUGGGAAGUGCAUGCUAAGGUGCAGGACAAUUCCACCACUGAUUGGGGAGGCUGGAGCGUUGAGAAGCCAACAGGUGAGGCAACUGUAUCUGGAGAACCAGCUGAAACAGAUACUUGGGCUGAUAAGGGUGCUAAAAUGGAAUCAGAUGCAGGUGAUGGUAAUUGGGAAAAGUCCAGCACUCCUGAGGCAUCAAAGAAAAAUGACUCAUCAGAAAAUACAUGGGACAAAAGAAAAGGAGAUGGAGGUGAUGGUGCGUGGGGGAACAGGUCUGAUGAUGGCCAUGGCAAUUGGGAGCAUCCCAGCAAUUGGAAUGGGCAGAGUUUGGAUGUAGAUCAGGACACAUGGGGAAACGCCAGGGGAAAAAAGAAGGCAGAUGGUAACUACUGUCAAUGGGAGGAGCAGCCAAGCAAUUACAAACAGAAGAAGACAAAUGCUGAUCAUGAUUCCUCCUAUAACAAUGUGAUGCCGUCAUCAGAAAUUGCUUGGAAUGCUGGAGAUGGAACUGGAAGACCAAAUGCCAAGUCUAAUGCAGAAUCCAGUUGGGGUGAGGAAGAUAAGAUGGAGUCUGACGAUCAUCCGAAAGUCCCAAAAGAAUCAGACACAUGGAAUACAGGGAGAUCAAAUGAAAGUCCAUGGGAUAACACUGAUGCACUGCAGGAUUCCUGGGUUAAGAGCGCAGCUCGCAAUAACAACACUCAGGAUGGUUCAUGGGAUAAAGUAGUAUCUAUGAAGGAUCUUGAUUCACUCCAAGAUUCAUGGAGUAAGGCGACAAUCCAGACGAAUGAUGCACAGAAUGAUUCUUGGGACAAUGUGGCAAAAAAUGCCCCGGAUUCUGCCGCAGAAGACUCCUGGGGGGCUGCAACACCAGCGGAGACAACUGAUUCUGGUAACAAGGAGUGGAAAUCAGAUGGAUGGGGGGCAAAGUCUGGUAACUGGAGCAGCCAAAGAAAUAAUCCUGGGAGACCCCCAAGGAGACCAGAUGAGAGGGGUCCACCUCCACCAAGACAACGGUUCGAACUAACAGUUGCGGAGAAGAACAUUCUUCUAGAAGUUGAACCUAUUAAAUUACGUGUGAGAAGCAUCUUCCGUGAAGCAUGUGACGGUGUUAGACUUAAUCCAGAAGACGAGAAGUUUAUCCUGGAGAAAGUUCUUGAGCACCACCCGGAAAAGCAAUCCAAGGUGUCUGGUGAAAUCGACUACCUAACGGUCAACAAGCACCAGACUUUCCAGGACACUCGGUGCUUUUUCGUGGUCUCCACAGAUGGAUCCCAGGCAGAUUUCUCCUACCUGAAGUGCCUGGAGAACUUUGUGAGGAAGAGCUACACGGAGGACGCCGACACAUUCUGCAUGAAGUACUUAAGGCCCCGUCGCAGGCAGGCACCACCAGCUGAUGUUGGGACAGCAUCAGGCGCCCCGGAUGAGGUUCCACCGUCAACCGCAGCUGAGACAGAGCAAGGCACUCCUCCAGCCCCUCAGGCAGAGGUUCCACAAGAGACUUGGGGUUCUCCCGCAGUGCCUCUGGAAGGAGGAACUCACAUCGCCGGACCAGACUCAACAGGCGACGCUGUGAUCCUAGGGGAGCAGCACGAUCUGACUCCGGCUUCUCCAGCUGUGGCACCACAAGUGGCUUCUGAGCCAGACACAACCGACGGCACGGGGCUUCUAGGAAAGGCUCCGCAAGCUGACUGGGGACCCAGAUUCGACGCUGACUGAUAUUUAGGCUGUGUGAAGCUGCCGCAUGUAAAAGCCAGACCUGUGCUCUGAGCAAGGGAGCAUUCCCUUGCUAAGUCGUCAGUUAACUCCCCUUGACUUCAUCUGGAGAGGUGGACAGGUAGUAGCGGCAAACAUUCUAGCCCUUAGCGGCCGCUUGCUCGUCCUCGUCCGUUUCGUCUCGCCCUGAUGGGAACCAUGUAAAUCCUUGGGAACAAAGCUACCCCCUGCUGCCUUUACCGUAUCUAGUUGGACCUUCCCCACUGUUGGAAUCUGUGAGUCCGUCUGCUGUUAAAUUUUUGAUGGUUUCUGGGCUGUGGCUUGCCAGCGGUGAUGCCAAACUCUGGAAACCUAGGGAUUUGUUUGGUGCGGUCGUUUGGUUGUCAGGUCGAUCAGCAAAUGUAUGCCUUUGUCCUCCAGAUAUGUGCUUGUUGAGCUAGUAGAUAGUGUUA